AUGUCACCAAUCCCAGGCGGCGAGCGCGCCUCGAAGAAGAGAAAACUCAACGAUAAGAAUGUCAUUAAAGUCGGCAAUAAAGUGAUCUCCCUCGAAGGCUACCUCAACCCCCCCGCCAAGAAGGAAAAGGUAGUCCAGCAAGAGUCAGCACGAGAGCAAGCACUCGAAAAGACAGAAAAUGAGGCAUCGAAAGCCACAACAGAGGACUCUGAAAAGCCAGGCCACACAGCACCAUCUUUCAUCAAGCACCAGUCGAAAAGGCCGCACGACAAAGGCAGGCCGAGAUCAGACCGAGGGCCAAGAUGGAGGGAGGACCCGGCUCUGCUGAAAAUCCGGCAGAAACUACCCAUCUGGGCUCACCGCGAAGACAUCCGAACCCGGAUGGCAGAGAAAGACGUACUGCUCCUUGUCGGUGAGACCGGUUCCGGUAAAAGUACUCAGGUGCCCCAGUUCCUGGUGAGGGAGCCGUGGUGCAGGAGGCAGGUGGUCAAUAUCGACGGACGAGAGGCCAGCGUCGGCGGCAUGAUCGCCGUCACGCAGCCCCGUCGAGUUGCUGCGACGACCUUGGCCCAUCGUGUCUCACGCGAAGCCGGGACGCCGCUCGGGGAAAGUCGCGAGGGAAUGGUCGGCUACUCGGUCCGUUUCGACCACCAAGUGCCCAAGGGGACGAAGAUCAAGUUCCUGACGGAAGGUAUGCUCCUGCAGGAGCUCCUACGGGAUCCGAGCCUGCGUCAAUACAGCGCAGUGGUCGUUGAUGAAAUCCAUGAGAGAAGUGUUGACGUCGACCUGGUGUCCGGUUUCCUCAAGCAGAUCCUGUUGAGCGAUCGGAAAGGCCGUGGCGGCAUUCCUCUCAAAGUCGUCGUCAUGAGUGCCACUGCCGACGUUGAACGGAUCCAAGGGUUCUUUAACAUUACGGACGGGAGUCAAACUGAAGAAGUCGAGGGCGACAAGCCCAGUUCUGUCGAGGUUCUCAAGAUCCAAGGUCGCCAGUUCCCGGUCAAGACGAUACACACUCCCAAGCCGGUACCGGAUAUUCAGGAAUCCUUUCUGCAGACUAUUUUCAAGAUCCAUACGGAAGAGCCGUUGCCAGGCGACAUUCUGGCCUUUUUGACGGGACAGGAGGAAAUCGAGUCUGCGCAGUCGCUCAUCGAGGAGUACGCGGCAACGUUGGCCUCCAACGUGCCAAAGAUCAAGGUUCUCCCUCUGUUCGGUCAGCUGUCGAUGGAAGGUCAACACGCAGCUUUCCAGCCUGUCAAGGGCGGGUUUACGAGAAAGAUUGUGCUGGCAACCAACAUCGCUGAGACGUCCGUCACCGUUCCCGGCGUGCGGUACGUGGUCGACGGCGGCAAGGCCAAGGUCAAACAGUUCCGUGCCCGUCUCGGGAUGGAGUCACUGCUGGCCAAGCCUAUCUCCAAGUCAUCUGCAAUCCAGAGGACUGGCCGAGCUGGUCGUGAAGGACCUGGCAAGUGCUUCCGGCUAUACACCGAAGGCACAUUUGGUUCUCUAGAGGAAACAGAUCUACCAGAGAUUUUGAGAAUCGACGUUCUUGGAGCUGUUCUGACGAUGAAGGCCAGAGGCAUCGACGACAUUCUCGGGUUCCCCCUGAUGGAUACACCCGAUGUCGAGGCUAUCGAGAGAGCACUGGUCAGUCUCCACGGACUCGGCGCGCUCGCAGACGACGGCACCAUCACUGAAGCCGGUCGCAAAAUGGCGGGGUUCCCCAUCGCUGCGCCCCUGGGUGCCGUGCUCCUAGCAGCCGCCAGACCCGAGUUCGACUGCGUUCUUGAGGCCAUUGACAUCAUCUCGUGCAUCACCUCGGGCGACGACAUUUUCCAUCAGCUCCAAUCCGAAGAACAGCGCGAGGAGAUCGAGGAGCUACGCAAGGAGCUCUACCGCCGCGAGGGCGACAUCAUCACGUAUCUCACGACGAUGCAGCAGUACGCUGCCGAGAAUACUGACCGCAUCCAGUGGUGCAAGAAGAGGAAGGUCAACAUGCGCAACAUGAAGACGGCGCUCAACAUCCGAAAACAACUCCGCAGCCUCUGCCUCAAGGAGGGCCUGCUCGCCGAGGCGCCGCCGCCGGACCCGCAACCCUUUGCGCCGCUGGCGCCUGAGCAGGCCGAGGCACUGCUCAAGUGCUUUCUGCGCGGGUUUGUCUCCAAGACGGCCGUUCUGGCGCCAGAUGCGAGCUAUGUCACGUCACAGGGCAAGCACGUCGUCGCGAUCCACCCGUCGAGCGUCUUGCACGGUCAGAAGAAGGAGGCCAUCAUGUUCCUGGAGCAUGUGUUCACGCAGAAGAACUACGCCAAAAAGGUCAGCGUUAUCCAGGCGAACUGGAUCGUGGAGGCGUUGGAGGGUGGCGCAUAG